GUCAUAUGUGUGCGCCGUGCAGAUCGUGCUGAGCCGCUGGGAGCGGAGGUAGGUUAAUUCCUUUGAUUUAUGUCCCUCACACUGGGACCCAACAAGGUCGCCAAUCUCUGCUGGCAUUGGAGUCCAUUGUUUGCAGAAAGCAAGUCAUCCAGUGACCCCUGGAAAAAAUAACCUAGAAGAAGGUGGAAGGGAUUGAGAGAUCUGGAUCAAGUCUCAGAGAUGGACUACCAGCUAAACAGACCGGAUCAGUGUGAGUUUGAGGAAGUGGCCGUUUACUUCUCCGAGGAGGAGUGGGACUAUUUAAAUUAUGAAGAGAAGGAGCUUUACCGGGAUGUGAUGAUGGAGAAUUACCAGACCCUCAGCUCUCUGGGAAGGAUUCACAUGACGCCUUUGAUUAUAUCAGCGAUUGAGCGAGGGGAAGAGCCGUAUGUCAGGAGCCACCUGCAGGAUAGUCUUUUGAAUACUGGCCCAGGUUAGUAAUAAACAUGUAGGUGGUAUUAGGCUCCUUUCUGGGUCAGAGAUCUUGGCUUUUC